CAAAUUGGACCGAGCACCGAGGAUGGCCGGUUCUAAAUAGUAACUGUCCUUGGAAAAGAAAAAUUAUGGGAAACAGGUCCAGCACGGUCUAGACACCAGAGUCUCCAAAUCUCUCAUUUGCAUCUCAUUGUUUGAUUAAUUUAAAUGAAUUAUAUAAGCGAUCUCUUUCGCACAUUCCGUGUUACAGGAAGAAAAAGAUGAGAAUAUUACAUGGCAGGUUCGCCGGUUCGUUCGCGUGUUAUUUUAAAUUUAAACCAUGGAGGAGUGCAGUCCGAGAGAUCGAGACUUUGGCCACGGAAAUCGAGGAGCAAGAUUUGGCUAGGUGUCGUCCGUACACCGAAAUUCCUGGGCCAAAACCUAUUCCUCUUUUGGGCAACACGUGGCGAUUCAUACCGUUCAUAGGUGACUUUCAGAUCCAAUCGGUGGAUAAGGUGUCACGGAGGCUGUAUGACGAAUAUGGUGAUAUUGUAAAGAUGGAGGGCCUCCUCGGCAGGCCAGACAUGGUCUUCAUCUACGACGCGAACGAAAUCGAACGUAUCUUCAGACAAGAGGAGAGGAUGCCUUACAGACCGUCGAUGCCUUCUCUCAACUAUUACAAGCACGUGCUUCGAAGGGAUUUUUUUCGUGGUAACGCCGGCGUGAUCGCUGUACAUGGCGAGGACUGGUACAACUUCCGGAGCAAGGUGCAACAGGUGAUGCUGCAACCGCGGACCGCAAGAAUGUACAUUUCUUCCAUCGAGGAGGCGAGUUUAGCAUUCCUUCAAAGAAUAUCCGCUAUACGAGACGAGAACAACGAGGUGCCCGACGAUUUCCUCAACGAGGUUCACAAAUGGUCCCUCGAGUCCAUAGCACGUGUAGCAUUGGACGUUCGACUGGGUUGUAUGGAUGACAACGCGAAUGCUGAAACCCAGAAGCUGAUUGACGCUGUCUGCACUUUCUUCGUUAACGUGGGAGUGUUGGAACUGAAAAUACCGUUCUGGAGGCUGUUCAACACACCUACGUGGCUACAAUACGUAAACGCGUUGGACACUAUCGUCGACACUACUUCAAAGUACACUGAAGCUGCUCUUGCAAGAAUUCGAAAGGCAAAGGAUAACGACAAAGAACCUUCUCUGUUAGAAAGAGUGUUGACUCUUGAGAACGAUACCAAACUGGCCACUAUCCUCUCUCUGGACCUAUUUUUGGUUGGAAUAGAUACAACUUCGAAUUCUGUGGCAUCGGUGCUUUAUCAGCUGGCCCUGCACCCAAAUAAGCAAGAUUUAGCAUACAAGGAAGUAUGUAAUGUGAUACCAGGCGAGGAUAUGCAACUCGAAGGGAAACACUUGGAUCAAUUGAAGUACCUGAAGGCAUGCAUUAAAGAAACCCAAAGAAUGUAUCCGGUCGUUAUCGGCAAUGGACGCUGCAUGACCAAGGACACGGUGAUCAGUGGAUACCAAGUACCUAAAGGAGUCCAAGUGGUCUUUCAGCAUUACGUGAUAAGCAAUCUGGACAAGUACUUUCCGCAAAGCAACGAAUUCCUUCCGGAACGGUGGCUGCAAGCUGAUGGCGUGCGUCAUAGUUUCGCAUCGCUUCCUUUCGGCUAUGGCAGGAGAAUGUGUUUGGGUCGACGGUUCGCUGAACUGGAAAUGCUGGUUGUCAUUAGUAAGAUUCUUCAGCGUUACAAAAUAGAAUAUCAUUACGAGAAACUAGAAUACCACAUCAACCCUAUGUAUUCGCCAAAGGGACCUCUAAACUUGAAGUUCAUCGACAGGUAGUUCACAUUGAGGAAGCACCGUGCGAACAAUAAAUUAGUUACGUAUAGACUGAGAACUUUAUAUGCUACAUAUUUUAUGUCUUCAAUCUGUGUUACAACGUGUAGGAAAGUCUCGUCAGCCUUAUUCUAUUCUUUGGGAUAUAAUAGCACCCUUGAUAGAAGAAACAAAUUUUAAAAAAUUCUAAUUUGUGUAAAAAUGUAUAUCUGCAUAAGCAUCGGCGGUCUAGUUAUUUAUUUUGAUAUGUACAAAAAUAAAUAGAAAACGAGUAAGUGCAUGGUCUCGGUGA